AUGGAGCCCGACCGUUCAGCACCGCCACCUACCGCAGCACGCUCUCCUCCUCUAACCCAAGAACCGACGAAUACGACAAUAACCCAGCACUCGCUUCCCCCCUCCUCCCCACCGACCGCAACCUCUCCAACAAGCCAAGACGACCGCGCAGUGCGUCGUGUUUCGCGAAAGUUGCUCAAAAAGCGCCGCGCCGGCGAAUUCGUCCCCCCGAUGGAGCUCCCAGAUCGCCUAAAAGACCAGGCGGGGGGCGAAGAAGAGCUACUGCGCCCCCAGGGGUAUGGGGGCGGGAUGUUCAUGAAUAUGAACCAGAGCAUAUUCGGUCUGAUCGCGGCAGCGGGAAGCCAAGCUGAUUUCGCAGAACGGUUUGAAGGUGGCCCCAGUUCAGAUGAAGAAGACGAGAGGGAAAACCCAAUGGCGAAAACAGUGGCCGGACCGAAGGAGUUGCGCGCCGCGGGGUCAAGUUCAUCAUCGUCAUCAUCACAGGCCCUCGCGCAAACGACAAUAUUACCGAAACAUGGCUCGAGCCGUCACAAAUCUGACCACAGCAGCCAUCGAAGAAAACUCUCCGAGAGUCGUUUGCUCAAGUCAGUACCUGGAUUUGCUCGUCUCGGUGACAAAAUCAAAUCGUCGAAAUCCGCGAGCGGCAGUAGCUCUGGCAAAAACAAGAACGAUGCGCAACCCCCCCUGCGGGAAGACACCACAACCUCCAUGGAGUCCGACUCGUCCCCCGCUGAGCUGGCGCCAGGCGCCGAACUCGCCCGCGCCGAGAGCCGGACAGCACCUGUCAUGAGCAGGAUGCUGGAAGCCCGCGCGCAGAUGGCAGCGCGGCAGAGUUUUGAUCUUGACGGAGGGGCAGAGGCGGAGAAGGAGUCGCCUAGGAUAGGAGACGACGCUGCGGCGGAGACUGGUCCGACGGAUUUGGCGCUGCAGCUGGCGGAUAUUUUCCAGUUUGAGCGGCCCGAGGAGGUCAUUCAGGAGUACCCUUGCUGGUUGCUGCAGCAUGUGCUGUUGACGGGGUACUUGUAUAUCACGACACGGCAUAUUGCGUUUUAUGCGUAUUUGCCGAGGAAGUCGCAGGAAGUCGCCAAAUCCGGCUACCUGUCCAAGUGCGGCAAGAGAAACCCCAAGUACAACCGGUACUGGUUUCGACUCAAAGGUGACGUGUUCUCGUACUACCGGGACCCCCAAGACCUCUACUUCCCCCAAGGCCAGAUCGACCUGCGCUACGGCAUCUCGGCUACCAUCACGGACAAGGAUAAGGAAGGGAUCAACUUCACCGUGACCACGGACAACCGCACCUACUACUUCAAGGCCGACAGCCCACAAAGCGCCAAGGAGUGGGUGAAGAGCCUGCAGCGGGUCAUCUUCCGGUCGCACAACGACGGAGACAGUGUCAAGAUCUCGCUGCCGAUUCAGAAUGUCAUCGAUAUUGAGGAGGCCCAGAUGCUAGACUUUGCCGAUACCUGCAAGAUCCGGGUCAUCGACAACGACGAGACGUAUGCCAUCGACGAAUACUUUUUUUCCUUCUUCGGCUUUGGCAAGGAGCCCAUGAACGUCCUCAAGAUUCUCAUAGAGGACGCGACACCCCAGGCCAAGGGGGGUACCGAUCGAGCCGAGCCCAGCGGGGAGUCAUCGAAACGAACGAGCGGAAGCGGAUCGCGAGACCAGCCGCCGUCCAGCCAGACCCAGCGCAGGGGCAAGGUCAGCGAAGGCGUCAAGGCCACCCUUUCUCCGCUCUCUCCGCUCUCUCCCUUACGCAACAGCCCUUCGCAAAGUCCGCGGGCGAGUGCGGAUCGCCCGCGUACUAGUUUCGACGGGCUCCAACACUUCAUCCGCCGCAGCACGGACGGCCAGCACCAUCACAGCCCGCUACACUCCGAGUCCCGCCACGCACGGGCUAGUUCCAGCACGAGUCGGCGGUCGGGGAGCCGGCAGCGAGCGAGUGGUCAUGAGCGACAGGAGAGUAUGGACUCGUAUGUCCAAAGCAUGGAUGACCCGAGCCAGGCAAGCUUGUCGGGGAUGAUAGCGUCGGCUAGCAGCGAGGAUCCGUCAGCGAGCCAGAUCCUCCAGGGGAGUGACGUGUUUCAUAGCCCGACGCUGCAGCGGGCGGGUCGGGCACAAGAUGCGCAGCGGGCGCUUUCCUCGACGCCGACUUCCAUGGUACCCAGGCAACAACCUCACCAUGUGUCCACCAAGUCACACUCGGGCGACGGCUUCGCAGCCGACGGGACCGUCACCACUCCGACGUUGCAAAGCAUUGCGACGGUGGGUGUGUAUCCCUUCCGCAAAGCCAACGCGCUCAUUGGGUACCUCGACAAGCACUCGCGCCGGAUGAGCACGCUCCUAGCCACCGAGUCGAUGGGGUAUGUGGAGAAGGUCUCUGGCAUGUGGAAGGGCGGGGGGAAACACUAUGACGACCCGGCCGAACUCAGGACAGAUGACGAGGAGGGGCACGGCGUUGGCGGGGAGUAUGACCCGGAGGACCGCGCUAUCUCGGAGGCACGGUUCCAGGCGCACUUUGCGCUGCCCGAGACGGAAAAGCUCCGGGCGGCAUACUUUGGCCAUAUGAUGCGCGUGUUGCCGUUGUAUGGCAAGAUUUAUAUCAGUGACCGGCACUUUUGCUUCCGCAGCUUGUUACCCGGCACGCGCACCAAGUUGGUGUUGCCGUUGCGGGAUAUCGAGACGGUGGAUAAGGAAAAGGGCUUCCGGUUUGGGUAUGCCGGGUUGGUGGUGGUGAUUGCGCGGCACGAGGAGCUGUUCUUUGAGUUCCACAAGGCGGAUGUUCGGGAUGACUGCGCCAUUACGAUCCUGCAGAGUUUGGAAGAGGCCCGGUAUCUGGAGGACCACGGUGCCCCGGAUGACGUGGAAUCGGAAGAUGCGCAGGCGGCUGUGGCAGAACACAAUGCGUUGCAAAAGGCGCGCACCGAAGAGUUCGCUGACCAUGAAGUCGAACUACCUCGCGAGCCAUCGUCUAACUCGGAAGCUCCCACUAUUCUGUUUGAUGACCCCAAGGCCUCGUUCCUUAACUUCAAACCCGCUCAUUCGAUGCGCAUUACUUGUUUAACUAUUGGCUCGCGCGGCGACGUGCAGCCGUACAUUGCGCUGUGCAAGCGGCUGCUGGAAGAGGGUCAUCGCCCGCGGAUCGCCACCCACGGCGAAUUCCAGCCCUGGAUCGAGUCCCACGGCAUCGAGUUCGCGUAUGUUGGCGGCGACCCGGCCGAGCUGAUGCAGCUGUGUAUCCAAAACGGCACGUUCACCCUGAACUUCUUCCGCGAGGCCAACGCCAAAAUGCGCGACUGGCUCGACGAGCUGCUCGUGACCGCCUGGAACGCCUGCCAGGGGAGUGAUCUCGUCAUUGAAUCCCCCUCCGCGAUGGCGGGGAUCCAUAUCGCUGAAGCCCUGGGUGUGCCGUACUUCCGCGCCUUCACCAUGCCGUGGACGCGUACACGCGCGUACCCGCAUGCGUUCAUCAUGCCUGGGCAGAAAAUGGGCGGGGCAUACAACUAUGUCACCUACGUCAUGUUCGAGACGGUAUUUUGGAAAACCACCGCGCACCAAAUCAACCGCUGGCGUCGGCGGCAUCUGGGCUUGCCCAACACCUCGCUUGAGAAGUUACAAAUGAACAAGGUGCCCUUCCUGUAUAACUUCUCCCCCUACGUCGUGCCCCCGCCGCUGGACUACAGCGACUGGAUCCGCGUGACGGGGUACUGGUUCCUAGACGAAGGGAAUGCAGAGAAAUAUCAGCCUGCUCCGGAGCUGGCGGCGUUCAUUGCGCGGGCGCGGCGGGAUGGGAAAAAGCUGGUGUAUGUCGGGUUCGGGUCGAUUUUGGUGCCUGACCCGGCCAAGAUGACGCAGGAGGUGAUUGAUGCGGUGUUGAAAGCCGAUGUGCGGUGUAUUCUCAGCAAGGGGUGGAGUGAUCGGUUGCCGACUAAGAAAGACCGCGAUGCCGCCGCCGCCGCAGGAGAACCCGCGAGCGCUCAACAAGAAAAACCGAAGACCCCCGAACCCGAACUCCCACCCGAGAUCUUCCAAAUCCAGUCCGCCCCGCACGACUGGCUGUUCAAGCAAAUCGAUGCCGCCGCGCAUCACGGAGGGAGUGGGACCACGGGAUCGAGUCUGCGGGCCGGGAUUCCAACGGUGAUUCGGCCGUUUUUUGGGGAUCAGUAUUUCUUUGGGACGCGGGUGGAGGAUUUGGGGGUGGGGAUUUGUUUGAAGAAGUGGGGAGCGACGUCGUUUGCGCGCGCGCUGUGGGAGGCGACGCAUAGUGAGAGGAUGAUUGUGAAGGCGCGGGCGUUGGGGGAACAGAUUCGGAAGGAAAACGGCGUCGACCACGCAAUCAAAUGCAUCUACCGCGACCUCGAAUACGCCACCGAACUCAUCCGUGCCAAACGAGGCAAGAGCAAGACCCGCACUACCACCGCCACCGGCACAGGCACCGACGGACCCAGUCCCGACUCUCCUCUCUCUCCCCGCCGUCCCGGCCAGCCGGGGCAGGACGAUGAAGGGGGUAUUGUCUACGACCCAGAUGAUGAUGACCUCGAGGAAGAGAGCUGGACGUUUGUCGGGGGCGAUGCGGAGACUAUUGAUGAUUUGUCGGUGGAGGGGACGGUGAAGAGGGCGGUGGGGAUGUCGGUUGGGGGGGUUGGGGCCAAGAGGGGGCCUGUGGCUGUUUUGGGGGGGGCGCCGGGGGCGGGAGCUACCACAGGGUUGGGGGUGAAGGGUGUUUAA